AUGAAUAGAAUCGUGCUUCUUUCUCUGGUGUCUUUGGUUACGGCCACGCCGGUGAUCGUGGACCAAGAUGGUAGACACUAUAUGAUGCAAAUAUUCCAAAUCCAGGACGCAAUCGAUCGAUCCGAUCAAGCGAUUUCUGGUACUUCCGGCAGCGGUUAUGAUGGUGGUUACGGAGGAAGUUACGGAAGUAGCUACGGAGGUAGCUAUGGGGGCAGUGAUUAUGGAGGCGGUCAAGGAGGUGGUGGUUUUAGUGGUGGUUCCAGCGGGCAUUUAGAAUCGUCCAGCGGUUUUGACAGUGGUCAUCAAGAUUUUUCUUCCGGUGGUGGAUACGAAGCUGGCAGCGAUGAAGGCAGCCAUGGAAUCUCGCUGGACAGCGGGCAUAAUUACGUUCACAGUGUUCCCGUGUCCGAACACGUCGAAGUGACAAAGCCCAUAGCUGUACCGGUUUAUAAACACAUCGGUGUACCGGUUCCAAAAUCAGUGCCGAUAGCCGUGCCGCAUCCGGUAGCGAUUGGUGUUCCGCAACCUUAUCCUGUCCAUGUUCCUGUACCAAAGCAUAUUCCUAUACAAGUAGUGAAGACAGUUGCGGUUCCGGUAGAAAAGAAGGUUCCUUAUCCUGUAGAGAAGCACAUACCGGUACCUGUCGAGAAGCCGGUUCCCAUCACGAUCGAGAAACAUAUUCCUGUUCCAGUCGUGAAGCCGUAUCCCAUCAAAAUUCCCGUUUAUAAGACCAUUUAUCAUCACGCGAAAAAGCAUUAA